UCUCCUCCGCGACGAAUCCGUUCCAAGCCUAUUUUUCACGCGGCUCUCUCGCGCUUACGACAACGCGACCGUUUCCGAUUCGUCGUCGUCUCGGCUGUGUUUUGGUAAGAAGUGCAUCGCGAUGAGGGGAGGUGGAGAGAGGGUGAUUGAACAGGGAUGGUAUCUCCUUGCCUUUGUGCGAAGACAGUGGCCUUAGCUGUCAAGUGCAGCUACGCUGACCACGCUAAUGAAGGGCGGUGUGUGCUGUGGCAUUGCCCCAAGUGCGUGCGGAGCCAUCUGUCCCUUAUCGUAAAUGCUUCUUCAUUGUUAGGGAAGCUCCGUCCAGAGCUUCUAUUUACUAUUCUUGACAGCCGUUUCGACGACGGACUUGGCCGAUGCGUUCACGUUGCGGUGCAUACGCGCGACGAACAAAUUGGCGUGUGAUUUUUGCGACAGAAAUAUUCGACACGCGGUGUGUCGCGUCGCGAGUGAUUUUUUUCUUUCUUUCCGAUGUGCCGCGAGUGGAUCUGGCUACGGUCGCUACUGUGCGUUUUUAAGAAAUGCUGGACAAUGAUUGACAUGUCAGUACCUGGACUUGAGCAUAGCUGGUAGUAUUGUGUUACAAACUGGCUUGCUACCAGCAGCAAGACACACUGAUCCUAACACCAUACCUUUUACAUUUCCUAUCCUAGACUUGUAUACGCACUGACACACACUCCCAAGUGUGUGCCCAUGUGCUUUGUCAACUGUUACAUACACACCAUGAAAUUCCUGGGACUUACCCAGUCAUUUCCCAAGUCACUCACAGUGUCAUCUUCACAAGUGCUGCUGCCGUUUCUUCAUCAAUUCUCCUUCUCAUUCAUGUCCGUUGCCACAUGGUUCUUAGUGAUAUUGGCAACUGCAGCGAUAGACACUCCUGCUAGCACCAUUGCACCUAUACAAGACAAUAGAUCACCGCACAUAGUAGGACAGUUUCCCGUGGGAAAUGUACAGCGAUACGGGCACUUUUCUCUGGAUGCCAACACGACCAGGGAGGGCGCUCUAAGAUUCAAUCAUCUUACCAUAGAUCCUUAUUCGGGAAGGCUCUAUGCGGGUGCGAUCAACAGGCUCUUUCAGCUUGAUUCGAAUCUCAAAUUGGAGGAAUAUGUCUCAACUGGCCCGAGACUGGAUAAUCCUCAAUGUCAUGCAACAGGUUGCAUGGCAAGAGACAUAACCACUUCAUUAAUGGAUAAUGUGAACAAAUUACUAAUUGCCGAUCUCGAAUCACAAACCAUAAUCGCCUGUGGUUCUCUCCUUCAAGGUGCUUGCGAGAAAUACAAAAUGUCCAACAUAUCCAUCAAACCGGAGUUUGUCCCACACAGUGUGGCCGCCAAUGAUGAAAAUUCGUCCACGUACGCAUUCAUCGGACCCGAGAAAUAUAAUCCGUGGGGGCAAACGAACAUACUCUACGUGGGAACGACAUUCACCAACAAAGGAGAUUACCGUCACGAUGUGCCCGCCAUCUCCAGUCGAAAUCUCGAUAAAUUGGACUUUGCCGAGUACACGUUCAAUAAACAGUCGAUCGUGUACAUCGACGUCAAGUAUCGAGAUCACUUUCUCGUGAAAUAUGUGUACGGAUUCAACGCAAGCGACUACGCAUAUUUCGUUCUGGUGCAGAAACAGUCGUAUUUGCCUGAGCAGGAGGAAUUGGGUUACAUUUCCAGACUCGCGCGAAGCUGCAUAAGUGAUCCGAACUACGAUAGCUACACGGAGGUGACGUUGCAAUGCACAGUCGAUCUGGGGGACGGCAAGCAGCACUAUUACAAUUUGGUGCAGGACGCAAAAGUCGCGGCGGCGGGAAGCGAUUUGGCUAUGCAGCUCGGCAUAUCCGUGGGCGAUCCGAUUUUCGUUUCCGUAUUCUCGCCCAGCCGAGGGAUAACGAACGAGCCUAUGUCUCGUUCGGCGGUUUGUGUUUACAGUCUCCAAGACAUCGAGACCAAGUUCAAUGAAAAUAUUCACAUGUGCUUCAACGGUAGCAUCAAAUAUCGCAACAUGGGUUAUGUCAGCGGUCCCAUUCAAGAUGGGAAAUGUCCCACCGCUGGUACCACAGGAAACAUACUCAACUUCUGCGAAGUUGGACUGAAGAUUUCAGGCGUAUCGCCGAUCGUAGGCCAAGCUAUUUUGCAUUUUCCCGAUACAUUCAUCACCUCGGUAACGGUCGCGAAUACCGAGAGCCACACGGUAGCGUUUUUCGGGACGAACGACGGGGUUCUUAAAAAAGUUUUGUUGUCCGGAACCGAAGCUUUCGUUUAUGAGAGCGUCACGAUUGACAAAGAACAAAAACUUUUACCUGACACACUCAUCUCACCCGAUGGCGAGUACAUCUACGUAUUAUCUACAUCGAAGAUAUCGAAAGUUAAGGUGGAGCAUUGCAGCGGCUACACCAAUUGCAGUAGCUGCCUCGAUGCGAAAGAUCCCUACUGUGGUUGGUGUUCUUUAGAAAAAAGAUGCACAGUGAGAGGAGAUUGUCAAAAGGCAAGUCACAGCAGUCCACGAUGGUUAUCUCUCGGCACGGGUCAGCAGUGCAUUGAUUUCGAGCAGGUUCUGCCCGAUCGAAUGCCCAUUAACCAGAUGACUACGGUGCAAUUAACAAUUCGAACUCUGCCCGAAUUACCAGCGGGCGCUAAUUACAAGUGCGUUUUUGGUAACGCCGAGCCUAUAGACGCGCUGAUGACCGGUUUCGGACUGUCCUGCCCUACACCUCCCGUUAUGGAAAGACCGAGCAUUCCCGAGGGCGCCGAUCACGCGCUCGUGCCACUGUCCGUGCGGUCGAGUGAGACGAACAAGGAUUUUGUAUCGCGCAACUUCGCAUUUUUCGACUGUUCGAGACACACCGUGUGCACCGAGUGCGUGAAAUCACAAUGGGCGUGCAGCUGGUGCGUUUACGACAACAAAUGUACCCACAACACUAGCUGUCAGGGCAUUAUAUCGGGAGAAAACCAAAAUCAAGCGAAUCUCGCCGCUCACGGAGCACAGUACUGUCCGAGAUUUGUGCAACGCAAGGAACCGCUGAUGCUCCCGAACAGUGUACCCAAGGAGAUAAUGCUCGAGGUGGAAAAUUUGCCUCAUCCGCAGGUGGGCCACAGCGGAUUUCAAUGCAUCGUAAGCAUCGAAGGCGCCAAACUUAAGGUGCAGGCUCGUGUGGACAGCAAUCGUUUGAUCGUGUGCGACAAAACGGUCUAUUCCUACGAGGCGGUGACCGGCGAGUACGAGGCCGAGGUGACGGUUGUUUGGAAUACGAAUCAUCACGUUGAUAAGACUACGAUAAUUUUGUACAAGUGCGAGGUGCUCGGCUCACAUCGCGAUCACGCGGACUGUUCUUUGUGCAUGACGCGAGACCGUCGGUUCGAGUGCACUUGGUGCGGAACUAGUUGUGUGUAUCGACAUUCGUGUCUUCAGUUACCGUUCACUGAGUGCCCGAAGCCCCGGAUAGAUCUGAUUAAGCCGUUAAGCGGACCGAUCGAGGGUGGCACUUUGGUUACGAUUGAGGGUAGCAAUCUCGGGCUGAAGGAAAGCGACGUGGACGGAAAAAUACUCAUCGGCAAGACUCCGUGCACCUUGGUAGAUUAUGAAGUGUCGGUGCGUAUUGUCUGCCGCACCGGUCCGCACGAGGCCACGGACUCGGCGAAAGUCAGUGUCGGGAAUGACGCCGGCUACACGGAGAGCUCGGUACAAUUCAAUUACAACGACAUACGUCUCACGGGCGUGUUUCCGUCGGUCGGCCCACAAAGCGGCGGCACGCAGCUAGCCAUAACUGGUAUGUUUUUGAACAUCGGUAGCACGAUUUCAGCAUAUCUGGACGAGCUGCCGUGCCACGUGAACGCGACUCAGGCGAGUAGCACGAGGUUGACUUGCGUGACCAGCAAGUCGGGUCGCGUUAGGCGAAUUCACAAACUAACGUUGAACAUAGACGGCGCGAAUCGCACCCUAGUGGAUAAUCCAUUUAAUUACACUCACGAUCCGACCAUCAUGGAGAUUAAGCCUCUGAGAAGCUUCGCUUCGGGCGGUCGCAUGAUCACCGUGCACGGCACAAACCUCGACACUAUUCAGAAGCCCGAGAUGGAAGUUUAUUUCGAUAACGAGCCGUUACCAGUGAACAGAACCAUUUGCACCGUCCUGAAUCCUACGCAAAUGGAGUGUCCCAGUCCGAGCGUCGCCAAGAGAUUCAGCUCGAUUCGACGGAGCGAACGUUCUGCCAGUGCUGUUCAAGGCAAUUUGUCGUCGCAGUCAUCAAGAUUGAAAGAGCCCCAACUGUCUCUCAGGAUCGCCUUCAUUAUGGACAACGUGGAGAGUGUGCGGGACUUGGAGAAACACUUUCAGAGUCUUCGCAAUCGACUGCUCUACGUCGAAGAUCCAAAGUUAUUUCCGUUCCCGCGGAAUAUCAAACUGUACAAGGGCGAUACUUUGGUGAUCGAAGGUGAGAAUCUCAAUUACGCAAGCGACGAGUCCGACGUAAAUGUUACCGUUGGUACUAUGCCCUGUAACGUAACGUCGCUCGCUCUCACGCAACUAGUUUGUACGCCACCGGAUCAGCAGCCUGCCGACACGGACGAGCUCGGCAUCAAGACUGAGAUCGGAUUACCGCUUGUGGUGGUACGAGUCGGUCGCAGUCUGCGCUUCCCGAUCGGUUACCUGCGCUAUGAGGUGAUCAAGUCCUAUCCGAUACCACCGGAGGCCAUUGCGGGCAUCGCUGCCGGCACCUUCGGUCUCAUCUUUCUAUUCGGACUAGUGUUGGUGAUUUAUCGCCGCAAGAGCACGCAAGCGGAACGGGAAUAUAAACGGAUCCAAAUACAGAUGGACACGCUCGAGAGCAACGUCCGGAUGGAAUGCAAGCAGGCGUUUGCGGAAUUGCAAACGGAUAUGACGGACUUGACGGCAGAUCUCGAGUCGUCCGGUAUACCAACCCUCGAUCAUAAGAAUUACAUUAUGAAAGUGUUCUUCCCCGGAGUAAUAGAUCAUCCCAUACUGAACGAUCCGCGCUCGCGCAGCAACAUUUCGCGGACCAACUACGACGCGGCGAUGAUACAAUUCGAACAGCUGGUCAAUAACAAGUAUUUUGUGUUGACCUUCAUAGAGACCUUGGAAGCUCAGAAAGACUUUAAUAUCAGGGACAAAGUGAACGUCGCCUCUUUGCUCAUGGUGGUGCUAAUGGGCAAGAUGGAAUACGCCACGGAUAUAUUGAUGAAUCUACUGCUGAGACUGAUCGAGAAAGCGGUAAACACAAAACAUCCACAGCUCAUGUUGAGAAGGACGGAGUCGGUGGUAGAGAAAAUGCUGACAAAUUGGAUGGCGCUCUGCAUGUACAACUAUCUGAAGGAUUACGCCGGCUCGUCAUUAUUUUUGCUGUUCAAGGCGAUUAAACAUCAGAUUGAGAAAGGACCGGUGGAUGUGAUAACGCACGACGCGAGAUACUCGCUCUCGGAAGAGAGGCUUCUGCGUGAGCAGAUUGAACACACUAUUGUCACGUUACACGUGGUGCAGGACGAUCUUGAUGAGAAGAUACAAUGCAAGGUUUUAGACUGCGACACUAUAAGUCAGGUGAAGUCGAAGAUUCUCGAUGCGCUGUACAAAAAUACUCCGUUUUCACUGAGACCGUCCGUGCACGACGUCGAUCUGGAAUGGCGGCACGGUCGUGGUGGCCACCUGACUCUUCAGGAUGAAGACCUCACGACUAAGUGCAGCGGCGAGUGGAAGAAGAUCAACACGCUGGCGCAUUACGGUGUCAAAGAAUCGGCGGUGAUGUCGCUGAUCCCACGGCAGAACGACGGUUUCUCCGUGGCGUGCAAACCUCCCUGUCACAACUGUAAACCCUCGCACUACCACCCACAGCAGCAACAGCCGAUCCAUUCGCAUCAUCAUCAUCUUCACCGACACUCAAAUCACUGUUCGUCCACGCAUCUUCCAUCCACGCCCAAUCAUGGGCUGAUCAGUCCUGUGAUGUACAAUCACCCCGUGAGCGGCUUGUACUUUGACUCGCAACACUCGCCACCCAUCAUCACGGCGAACGGCGACGUCGAGAGCGGACACGGCGGCAAUCAACGGGUGUAUCAUCUAGUGAGACCCGAGGACGGCCACUAUCCGCCCAGCUUGGGCUUUACCAGCAGCAGCAAGCAUCAUCACCAUCCCGAACGAACGCACAAAGCGAUACCGGAAAUAUUUCUCACGCGAUUACUGUCAACGAAAGGCACAGUGCAGAAGUUCGUCGACGAUUUUCUCACUACCAUAUUGACCGCCAACGAGGCGCUGCCGAGCGCAGUCAAGUGGCUGUUCGAUCUCCUUGACGAGGCUGCGAAGCAGCACGGCAUCAUCGACCCGGAAGUGCCGCAUGCGUGGAAGUCGAACAGCUUGCCGCUUCGGUUCUGGGUUAACUUCAUCAAAAAUCCGGACUUUAUGUUCGACAUCAACAAGUCCACAACAGUGGACUCGAGUCUCUCAGUGAUUGCGCAAACGUUUAUGGACUCGUGCUCAAUGACGGAACACAGACUGGGCAAGGACUCGCCGUCGAACAAGCUGCUCUUCGCCAAGGACAUACCGCACUAUCGCGAGAUGGUGAUACAAUUUUACACAGACGUGCAGAAACUGCCGCAAAUUACUGACCAGGAGAUGUCUAGUGCCAUGCAGCAACUGAGCGCGUCUCACGCCAACGAGUUCGACGUGAUCGCCGCGCUGAAAGAGCUCUAUAUCUAUGUCAGCAAGUAUUACGAACAAAUUCUAGAGGCCUUGGAGACAGAUGCGGGCUGCCGCAAACUACAUCUAGCUCAUAGACUAGAAAACGUAGCGUGCACGCUCGAGGGAGAAGAGACCAGUGCCUGCUGACAUACCCUCCUCACUUCCAUCCCAGGACCCGUCAACCUCUCCAGAAACACUGACUAGUGCCUCCACUUCAUGCAUCAGCUACACCUCGUUACAUAUGUACAAAUAUUAAACACAUUACAACACACCGUGUGAAUAACAAUGCCGUAAAGAGAAGAAUACACGCGAUUUCGUUAGGGCUAGUCAGGCGAGAUAGGUCACGGGAUUUCUAGACAGUCCUCGUGGUAGUAUUUUACCGUAUCUUAGCGUAUUGGCCAUACCGAAAUACGCUUGUAAACAUGUAUAGAUAUUGGUAGGCAACAUAUACACGUCUCUGAUCCUUGAUUCGCGUUCCUCUACGCGGGUGCGGACUUCUUUAGGAAGGUCUUGUUUAAGACCUUCCUAAAGAAGAGAAGUAUCUCAAAAUGAAUCUCACCGUCGCGAGUUCGCAAAGGUGAGAAUGAACUCAAUCACUCAAUUUAUAAGAAUCUCAAUUUAUUUUUCACGUACGCGCGGCGCGCGAAAGAGAGUUACUCUUAGUAUAAAUUAGAAAUUUAUUUUUUAAUCUAGGCAAUCAAAUUAUUUUACGUAUCCUACAGAGACACUGUUACGUGUAUACAUUAUUAGUAUUUACGUACAAAGACUCUAUUUUCCAACGUGUUGUUGCGUGUAAUAUAUAACAUCGUCUCAUAUUUUUUCUGAAUAUCAAGAGACCUUGCUGGAGGACCGGAGACGUGGAUCGGUGCAAAUAUACUUUAUUAGGGAAGAAAAUUUUAAGUGUAAAUUCUAGGAGAGCCGAUCUAAUAUCUAUACGUGCGCAUACGUAAAAAGAAUAAAAAAAUAAAAAAAUAAAAAAAAAAACAUACGGAUUACAUUAAACAUAAAGUAAAAAGAAGUAAACGUGUCUAAUAAGUGAGAGAAAGCCAUAGUGUCCACCGGACUGUCUGUACGAAGGCGACGUACGGCAGCGAGUAGUCUGUGAUCCGAGCACAUGUGGCUAUGCCUAUUAUCUCUUCAUUAUGAUAUAUAUAAUUAUUAAUAUGUAUAUAUAUACAUGAAAAAAAAAUUAUAUAUAUGAAGCAAAGAAUCAUGCGCAACACACCUCCACGGAUUGUAGUGAGCUAGUUAGAGAGGGACUAUAUGUAUUAUAAGUUAAAAAAAAGAGGGAUCUACGCAGAACUCCUUAAUUCAGAGACAGAGUAACAGAUAAUAUUAAAUUAAGACGAUUUAAAAAAAAAGUAUAACGUUAAAAAAAAAUCUAAGAGUUAAAAGUUAUAAGAGCAGCUCAGUCUACUCUAGGCCUAUUCUACGUGUAAUCUCGUACGUUAUACAAAUUCGGUGAACAAUCUUUUUGGGGUUUUUUUUUUGUUUUUAAUCAUUUUUAUAUUAUUGUGCUCUCUCUCUCGUCUGAGUUUCUCUUUGUACCGCGCGGUAGUUUACAAAGUACUGUUGCUACGCUUUUUUUUUUUUGUUUUUUAGAGGAGCUACUUUGUAGUGUAUCUGGUAAUUUUCAUUGUAAUGUAUCUAUAUAUAUAUACAUAUUCUUUUUUUUUUUUUACUUGCAUUGAACGUACAUAUAUUAUUAUUCUUAUGUAUAUGUUAUUAUUAUUUUUUAUAACGGUUAUUAGUUAUUUCUCUAUUGUCUAUACGUACGUAAAUAAGUAAAUGCUAAUUCAUUAAUUAUGGUUAUAUCGCUAUAAAUUUAGGAAAUAUUGAAACGACAACCAACAACAAAAAUUUAUGACGAAGUAAAUCUUUUUUAUAUUUACUGGUGCGAGAAUAUUAUAGACUGUUUCGAUUAUACAGUGCGUGAGGGAAAAAAGAAGAUGUUUUUGUAUUCACACUGACGUAUAUUUCUUAGACCGAGACUUACGUGCUAUAUAUAUAUAUAUAUUGUAUUUGCAAUAGAUCGUGUAAUAUCGCAGACACUCGUGGCACAACGACAUACAGUAUUCUUGGAAAAAGUCGCGCGUAACUUACUUUUAGUUAAAAAAAAAAAAGAAAAACAAACAAACAAAACACAAGACUGGAAGAAUUGUUUUUUUUUCCUAUUUUUUUUUAACCCGCAUUUACUAUUUUGUUUUUUUUUUGUUUUUUUUUUACAAAAACUUUGUGCUUUUGUAACACCAGUAAGAGAUUUAACGUCGACUGUUAUAUAUAUAUAUACAUUUUUUUUUUCCGCGCACACUGCCAAGUUUUUCCGUGCACUUUUUACAAACUGUCUGAUCCGUUCAGUCAAUAUGCAAACUCAUCGUUCGAUCGAGAUGCGACAAAGUUUGAGCGAUGAGUUGUCGGCGUUAUAAGAGGACUGUGUUCUGCGAUAAGUCGUGUGUGUGUGUGUGUGUGUCGUUUUGGUCGUUGAGCUGUGCCCAGACACACCAUGUCGGAAACACGCGUCGCCGACGCAGCAACAUCCGACAAUAUCCAACUUUGAGAAAUUUAUAAAAGUGAAUCUUGUCGGAUGCGAAAUUUUUUGAAAAAUGUGAGAAUUUCGAAUUUCCGACAGUGUCUUCUUCAGACACAGUUUCAUGUUCGCGACUAAUCUAUUGGUUGCAGAUUGAGAUUCGAUAUCAAUGAUCGAGACCGACUUUGGACACAAGACAGGCGACACCCGACACACGACUUGUUGCAGAAACAGGUCUAAUCUCACAGGGAGACUGGGGACGUGCUCACGCUCUUGUACUUAAUACGCCGUCUUAUAAUAUGUCGAUUAUCUUUCUCCAGGUCCCCAUGCUCCCAGCGGCCGUUAGUGAACCUACGUAUCUUUAUUGUGUGUGUAUAUCGUAUUUAUUUAUAUUACGAAGGAACAAAUAUUGUAGCUCGCGAAUGUGUGUGCGUCAAUCUGUGCUCGCAUUUUUACACUUUGUCAUACGUCUCUCUUUGUAUCGAGAUUUGUGUCGUCCGAAUGGUUGUUGCUUUUUUAUACGAAUAAAUUUUUGGGUGUAUGUACACACACACACACACACACACAUCUCUUUUCGAUAAGAGAUUCGUUCAUUUCAAUGAUUAACGCGAUAAAAAUGUGCCGCUAAAGAAUUUCGAAUUUCUUUCGUCCGAUCGGUUGUAAAAACCGAUCUUCCGGGAACGGCACUUCGUUGUCGCUUGAACGCGAGAAGCAGAUAUACCGCUUCGCAUUUAGUCUUCCCCAAAUGAGAUUUCGUCGGACCGAACUCUUUUUUGUUACAUGCCUGCGCAGGUAAAAUUUUGAUCGCACCUUCUACGCGGUCUAACGCACUCGCAGAGCUGCCGCAAAUAUCGAUAUCUCAAGUUAUAUAAUAACAUUUGUGUGUGUAUAUAUAUGUAUAUAUAUAUAAAGGUAUAUCUUCUUUGACAAAUUUACAUAAAACAAAUUUACGAUUCUCCGGUGUGAAAUUUAAAUAUUGCGUAAUGGAACAUUUUCAGAAUAAAACUAAGCUCUCUGUCACGAAUUUCGCGAAUCGAAAUUCCGCGCGAACGAGAUAACAAGAAAGUAAUGCUUGUAAACAUGUUAAAGAAUUGCGGGCGAGACGAGUGUUUUGGCUCGUCCGGUGUUGAAAGUAAUUUUCGAUUUCUAUUGUACGUCGUCGUUCUUACUCGCUCUCGUGUAUCUAAGAAGAUAAUGUACAUACAUACAUAUAUUACACAUGUAUGUACAUACGUAUUGAAUUAAAAAAGAAAGAGAGAAACGCACGACGGGGAUGCGCGAUCGUCGGUGACGUGCCGUAAUCGAUGCGGGCACUGAUGUGUCUUGGUUCUCGAAGUGCGUAGAAGAAAUACAACGACAAGAAAUUGCAGUACAAGUCCUACACACAGAAAAACGUCCUUCGCAAAUGUUUUCUACAAACAGGGAAAGAGAGAGAGGGAGAACACACAAGAAAACGCGUGCUCUUUUGAUUUCGUCUCACUGCCGUACUUAGCAUUUUUAAAUAAAAACGACGGAGGCUAUCGCCAACACCACAUUUUGCACACUUUAUAUGUGCGUUUCCACGGAAGGAAAACCACGAAGAAGAAAUUUGUGUGCGUGAGGUGUACACUUGACUCUUUGCAUUUAUAAUCUCGCGAUAUCGUUUAAGUCGUUAAGUGCGUUUGUUUGCACGCGCGCGCACCUACACACGUGGUGUGUUCGACAAUGUGUGUGUUUAUCGUUUAUAAAUACAUGCGGCGAGAAUGCGAGCGUUUUUUGUCUGAAAAAAAUAUUAUACAGUUCGCACAGAUUGACGUACAUGGAUAUACGCACAUGCGCACAUAAUUCGUAGGUAUAUAUACACACAAAUACACCCACACACAUACAUACACAUCUCGUCGCUGCGUGCCAGUUGGCCUCACUAACAAGCGCACAUUUUUGAGAUUCAAUUGGAAAACAUCCAAGUCGCGAGAUAUCUCGCGCGAUAUCGUGAAAUUUUAUAUAAAAAUGUCUGAACGCAAUCGAAAGUAGAAUUUGUUAGUUCUCUGCCGUGCGUUGUAAAUUAUUUGCGCAAAUGCUCCGUUGCAAUUAGACAAUUGAUUUGUAGUCUACUUUCUUUUAUUAUCUUUCUCGUGCGGUUGAAAGCACAAAUGGGAGAUGAACUAAAACUAUGGAUGGAAAUACUUCUGAUAUUUAUUGAGAGAGAAGCAAAUUGUGCAUCGGUAAUAAUAAAAAAAUAAUAAUAAUAAUAA